AUGGAUGAACCAAUACAUAAUCAUGUUAUUGAUGAAUCAAAUAAUUUACCAUUUACAAAAAGUGAAGUAACAUUUUUAGUUAUUCUAUUUGCAGCAGUUAUCAUAUUAGCUGUAGUUGGUAAUACAAUUGUAUGCAUAUUAUUACGUUUUCGUUAUUGUAAUCUAGUGAAAUGUUUUACAAAUACAUUAGGAUGUAAAAAGAAAUCUACAUUAUCUAAAUCAAUUCAUCAUCAUCAUCAUCAUAAUCAUAAUCAUAAUCAUAAUAACAAUAUUGAUCCAUGGGUUGAUGAAUGUCCUAGUAGUCAACAUGAAUGUAGUUGUGGUAAAACAUGUAUUGUACAAAAUACACAUCGUUAUGUCAUAUUUAAAUCAAUACAUAAACAACAUGAACCAGGUACAAGUGGUGGAAAUUAUGCUGGAUCUAUUACUGUAGCUAAUAAUAUAUCAGCAUUACCAAAUGAAAAACGAACUAAUUUCACAACAAAACAUAAAUGGAAAGCUGAUAAUUAUUUAAGAGGAAUGCGUACAUCAAGUAUAACAAGUUUAUUUUUAUUUAAUCUUAGUUUAGCUGAUAUACUUAUGGCUGUAUUAUGUAUACCAAUGAAUGUUAUUACAGAAAUUGUUUAUUUAUGGUGGCCACUUGGUGAACCAUUAUGUAAAAUUGUACCAUAUGCACAAGGUGUCAGUGUAUUUGUUAGUGCAUUAACACAUGUACUUAUUUCAUGGGAUAGAUUUGUAUUAGUAUUUUUUCCAUUACAACCAAGAAUGACACAACGUAAAGCGAUUUAUUUAUUACUUAGUGUAUGGAUAUUAGCCUUAAUUAUACCACUACCAGUACCUAUUGUAAAUAGAACAAUAAAACGUGAUAAUGAAACAUUUUGUAUAGAAGAUUGGAGUUUAUUAUUAUCAUCUAUUAAAACAAUUAAUAUGGAUAAUUUUACAAAUCUGGAACAAAUUAAAAAUGAAAUUACAAUACAAAUUAAUGAUAAAUCAAUUAUAUUACAAAUUGAUGUUAUCUAUACAAUAUUAUUAAUGAUAUUACAAUAUUUUUUACCAUUAGGUAUGAUAUGUGGAACAUAUACAGCUAUAGGUAUUAAAGUUAUACGUUUACAAACACCUGGUGAACGGGAUAGUGCAAGAGAUCAAAAAUUAACUAGAGCUAAACGAAAGAUGGUGAAAAUGUUAACAUUAGUAGCAUUAAUGUAUGGUUUAUCACAAUUACCAAGGCAUACAAUCUAUUUACAUGGAUUAAUUAAUCGUGACUUUUGGUUUAAAUCUUAUUCAAUUAAAGCAUGGGCUGCAGCAAAUUUUGCUCGUGAUUCAUCCACAUGUUAUAAUCCAUUUAUAUAUGCAUGGAUAAAUAAAAAUUUUCGACAAGAUAUUUAUCAUUUAUUUUAUUCAUGCUUUUUAUCAUGUUUUAAAAUACGUUUACCUAAAUUAACACGUUCAUCAAAUAAAACAAAUUUGUUAACACGUAGCAACAAUAAUAAUAUACAAUUGCCAAUGAUUCGUAUGAAUCAACCAUCAUCUAUCAAUGAAGGGAAUUCAAAUUCUAUUCAUUAUUUCCCAAUCAAUCAUUCAACUACUCAUAGUGAAUUACAUGAUAAAUCAAAUGUAAAUCGUAUUUCAGAUGGUUAA